GUGCCUGCUAAGUACAUGGGGUUUCCCCGCGAGAGUUCGAAUCUCUCAGGCGACGUUUCUUUUUCUGAUUCACAGCGUUUUUUAAUUCCAUUCUAAUAAAAACGUUUUUAAACCUAGCCACCAUUGACGUAACUCAAACACACUCUCUUUUAGCUUUUAACUCAAACACACUCUAUGACGUCACUCUCUUCUUCUUCUUCGCUUACAUUCAACAACUCAUCAUCUCCGUUUAACUUCUCUAAUGAUUCCGUCACUGUAACUGCACUUUCCGUUAAAACAAAUUACACUUCUUCAUUUACACGUUUAAACCUCCACGUCACUUACUCCAAGCUCCAGUCCGUUAAUUCUGUUCGUGAUUCUUCAUCGGAUCGUGUUCUUGAUUUUACAAUUGACGCCGCCAGUGGCGGCGGUGAUAGUGGAGAUUCCGGUGGAGUUGGUGGCGGUGGAGGAGGAGGUGGCGAUGGUGAUAAUUACGAAGAUGGAGAAGAGAAAGAGUUUGGUCCUAUCAUUAAUUAUGAACAAGUAGUUAAAGAAGCAGAAACGCGUGGCGUUCAACUUCCGAGUGAUUUUUUAGAAGCUGCCAAAGCUUCUGGAAUUCGCGAAACGUUUCUUUAUCGAUUCUUCGAUUUGCAGGGAUCAGUGUGGCCACUUGGAUUUCUAAUGAAUCACUGCAGUAUGUUACGUAACCGCAUGCUAGCUGAUCCUUCAUUUCUUUUCAAAGUUGGAACCGAGAUAGUUAUUGAUUCUUGUUGUGCCACGUUUGCUGAAGUGCAAAAGAGGGGAGAUGAUUUUUGGUCAGAGUUUGAGUUAUAUGCAGCUGAUCUUUUAGUUGGUAUUGUUGUUGAUAUUGCUUUGGUUGGUAUGCUAGCUCCUUAUGCUCGUAUCGGUAACCCUGCUGUUUCAAAAGCGGGUCUCUUUGGAAACAUACAACGGGCUUGUGCUGCUCUUCCCAGCAGUGUUUUUGAAGCUGAAAGGCCGGGAUGUAAAUUCUCCGUAAAGCAGAGGACCGCUACGUACUUCUAUAAGGGAGUAUUGUACGGUUCAGUAGGAUUUGGGUGUGGACUCAUUGGCCAAGGCAUUGCUAAUUUGAUCAUGACAGCCAAGCGGACCAUAAAGAAAUCAGAUAAAGAUAUUCCAGUUCCACCUCUAGUGCAAAGUGCUGUUCUUUGGGGUGUAUUUCUUGCUGUAUCAUCCAAUACUCGUUAUCAAAUCAUCAACGGAUUGGAGAGCCUGGUUGAAUCAUCACCUUGGGCAAAACAAAUGCCCCCUCUUGCAAUGGCAUUCACAGUUGGGGUGCGAUUCGCCAACAAUAUUUAUGGUGGUAUGCAGUUUGUCGAUUGGGCGAAGUUGAGUGGGGUGCAAUAACUAGUUGUGACUCAUACAAGUCAUACUUUUGUUUUGGACCGCUGGAUCAUCCACACCAUUACAAAGACAACCAAUAGAGUUAAACCAGCGGGAGACGAAGAGGAGGAUUAUGGUGGUUAAAUUUAGCCGCUGUUCUCUGUCGGAGAAGCCUUCUGUUUUUACUUGUCUGCUGGAUGACAACUUCUAAUCAACAUAAAUAAUGGGUUAGUUCUUUGGUUAGGCAAUAUUAUAUGGUAGCAUAACCUUGUCAGUAACAGAUAUUUAUUGGUUUACUAUUGAUGCAUUAUACCAGUUCGGUUUGGUGUGCGGAAA